AUGUAUAACGAGCACCCAACGCGAAACACAAGAUCACCCCACACAAAAUCGCGUUUAGGGUGUAAAACAUGCAAGAUACGACAUAAGAAAUGUGACGAAACGCAUCCCGCUUGCUUCGAAUGUACCAGCACAGGCAGGGAGUGCGAUGGGUAUGAACAAGCCGUCGAUAAGAGGACGCGCGAGUGGCGUGAAUUCAAAGCCAAAGACUCUACCAACAGUCAGAACAAUGCAACUCUGCAAAUCCGAUAUCGCUCGAAAGUUCGCCCAUCAGUUACUGCUGUUCCUCUGCCUUUGGCCGGUGUCUGCCAGAUCGACCUUAACUGGAACGAGCGAUGGCAUUUGGACUUUUACCGCAAUUGUACAGGGAGAGAUCUCUAUUCUGCUCGCUAUCACCUUACCUCCGGUUACAAACUGUUCAAAGAAUGGGAUGUUCAGGGAGAUAACGAUGAUACUGCUCUGGCCCUGAGGCAGGUUUUUGCUCAGUUGCAUGUCCAAUGGUUCUUCUGCUCAAAUUUCGAAAUAUUUGUCGAGCAUACCGAACUACUCUAUGGCGAGGAUCGGAGAUCCUCAAACACUACAGUCGGUCUAUCAAAGGAUACCCCGCAUCUCUAUUCGGGUAUUGAUCAGAUGGAUCGUGUCCAAGAGUUUGCAAUGUUCGUCUCGGGCUUAGUACUGGAUCUCACUAUCUGCGGGUAUGAUAUUGGACCAGCAAGCUCCAUCGGCCGCGGCGCGAAAGUAGCCUUGACCAAGCUUCGGCUCUGUAGAAGCCGUCUCAUUGCUGUCCUCGUCUAUUUGGAUGGUCUCGCGCCAGAGGACUGCGAUUCACUUAAACUCUUCUCACUAUGGAUUGAUAUCAUUGACAUCAAGCUGGCUGUCUCCAAAAGCCAAAAGCCAGAUGAGAUGGUUUACGAUGAUCACCUGGAGCAGUUCCAGAAUAUCACAAAACUUUUAAAAACUCUAGCAGGUUUGGAUUCAGGCCCGACUGACAUCGAACUUUCGUCGUUCAAUUAUAGGCACACUAUUGUGCCUGGGCUCUUGUGGUCCACGACCAAAUGUCGCGAUUGGCAGGUCCGUCGUGAUAUGUGUUAUAUAAUGCACAUGCGACCGAGGGAUGACUACUGGCUAUCUGCGACAGCUGUGGCCUUGAAGAGACUGAUUGAGGUCGAGUCAGCUGGAGUGAAGCCGGGGGACAUCAUUCCUGAAGCUGCCCGGGCCUACUCUGUCAACGUGAAAAUUCAAUCCGAGGAAUCCAAAGUUGAGCUACGGUAUCGCAGGCCUCAAGACGUGCCACACCGGAAGGAUGGUAGCGAUGAAUGGGAAAUCGAUUCAAUGAAUUACUAG